AUGACGGCGGAGGAGCGCGGGGCUGAGGAGAUGAGCGCGGCGGAGGCGGCGGCGACGGCGGCGGCGGAGGGCCUGGACAUCACGGCCAAGAGCGACGGCGGCGUCCUCAAGGUGGUCAAGAAAGAAGGGACGGGCACUGAAUGCCCCAUGAUAGGGGACAAAGUGACCGUCCACUACACUGGAUGGCUUCUGGAUGGCACCAAGUUUGACUCCAGCCGGGACCGAAAGGACAAAUUCUCCUUCGAUUUUGGAAAAGGUGAGGUGAUCAAAGCAUGGGACAUCGUGGUGGGAACGAUGAAGAUCGGAGAAGUUUGCCAGAUUGUCUGCAAACCAGAAUAUGCCUACGGCUCUGCUGGCAGCCCCCCCAAGAUACCUGCUAACGCCACCUUAUUUUUUGAGAUAGAACUGUUUGAGUUCAAGGGAAAAGACUUAACCGAUGAGGAAGACGGGGGAAUAAUUCGUCGGAUCCGAAAGAAAGGAGAAGGCUAUUCCAAGCCCAACGAGGGAGCCUUGGUAGAGAUUGAGAUUGAAGGCCGGCACGGGGAUCGCGUAUUUGACCAACGAGCGUUGCGGUUUGAAGUAGGCGAGGCCGAGAACUACGACCUUCCUCCCGGCUUGGACAAAACACUACAGAAAAUGGAAAAGCUGGAAGAGGCCGUGGUUUAUCUCAAGCCCAGCUACGGCUUUGGAAGUUUUGGGAAACCAAAGUUUCAGAUCCCUCCAGAUGCCGACUUGCAGUACGAAAUCAAACUCAAAAGCUUUGAAAAGGCAAAAGAGCCCUGGGAGAUGAACACCCAAGAGAAGCUGGAGCAAGGCGGCAUUGCGAAAGAAAAAGGCACCCAGUAUUUCAAAGAUGGGAAAUACAAACGCGCCACGUUACAGUACAAGAAAACCGUAUCCUGGCUGGAGCACGAAACCGGCCUGUCGGAUAUGGAGAAGACAAAAUCCAGGAACUUGAGGCUGGCCGCCCAUCUCAACUUGGCCAUGUGCCAUUUAAAGCUGAAGGAGUAUGCCCAGGUCUUGGAAAACUGCAAUAAGGCCCUGGAACUGGACAGCAACAACGAGAAGGGUCUCUUCCGGCGAGGGGAGGCUCGGCUGGCCGUCAACGACUUUGAGCUAGCCAGGGCAGAUUUCCAGAAGGUGCUACAGCUCUACCCAAGCAACAAGGCAGCCAAAGCCCAACUCAUGAUCUGCCAGCAAAAGAUCCGCGAGCAGCACGAAAGAGAGAAGAAAAUGUACGCCAACAUGUUCCAGAGACUGGCAGACAAAGAAACCAAGCUGGGAGCCGACCCCGGGUGCAAAGAAGAGGCGGAGCUGAAAGAGGGCAAGCAGAACGGCGUGGAGGAGAAAACAGAAGUCGACAUAGAGAUUUGAGGCCGAAGGUCGAGCCGUUAGUUUUUCUAAAACUGAAGAAUUUCCAGUGAUCUAGACCUUUAUUUUUCUAUCUGAUU